AUGGCAGUGCUCCGGCAGCUGGCACUGCUUCUGUGGAAGAACUAUACCUUGCAGAAGCGGAAGGUCAUUGUCACUGUCUUGGAAGUCUUACUGCCAUUGCUGUUUUCCGGGAUCCUGAUUUGGCUUCGCUUGAAAAUCCAGUCAGAAAACGUGCCCAAUGCCACUGUGUACCCUGAGCAGUCCAUUCGCGAGCUGCCCCUGUUCUUCAAUUUCCCCCCUUCUGACGAUCCCUGGGAGCUGGCGUACGUCCCCGCCCACAGCGAUGCCGUCAGGACCAUCACGGAGACGGCGAAGAAGGCCCUGCUGAUCAACAUGAGAGUCCGGGGCUUCCCCUCAGAGAAGGCCUUCGAGGACUACAUCAAGUAUGACAACCGCUCCUCCAACGUGCUGGCCGCACUGGUUUUCCAGCACACCUUCAACCACAGCAAGGACCCCCUGCCGCUGGCGGUGAAGUACCACCUGCGCUUCAGCUGCACGCGGAGGAACUACAUGUGGACGAAGACGGGCGCCUUCUUCCUGAAGGAGACGGAGGGCUGGCACACCACCUCCCUCUUCCCUCUCUUCCCCAGCCCGGGCCCGAGGGAGCCCACGUCCCCUGACGGCGGGGAGCCCGGGUACAUCCGAGAAGGCUUCCUGGCCGUGCAGCACGCCGUGGACAGAGCCAUCAUGCAGUACCACGCCAACGCCUCCACGCAGCAGCUGUUGGAGAAGGUCACUGUCGUCAUGAAGAGGUUCCCGUACCCGCCGUUCAUCUCGGACCCCUUCCUCGUCGCCAUACAAUACCAGCUGCCCCUGCUGCUCAUGCUCAGCUUUACCUACACCUCCCUCAGCAUCAUCCGGGCGGUCGUGCGGGAGAAGGAGCAAAAGCUCAAGGAGUACAUGUGUGUGAUGGGGCUGAGCAGCUGGCUGCACUGGAGUGCCUGGUUCCUCACGUCCUUCGUGCUGCUGGUCGUCGCCAGUGCCUUCAUGACCCUGCUUUUCUGUGUCAAGGUGAAGAAGGGCGUGGCGGUGCUCACCCACAGCCACCCGUCCCUGGUGUUCGUUUUCCUGCUGUGCUUCGCCGUCGCCUCCAUCUCCUUCAGCUUCAUGGUCAGCACUUUCUUCAGCAGAGCCAACAUGGCGGCGGCCAUCGGCGGCUUCCUCUUCUUCUUCACCUACGUGCCGUACUUCUUCGUGGCGCCCCGCUACGACUGGAUGAGCCUGCCCCAGAAGCUGCUCUCCUGCCUCCUCUCCAACGUCGCCAUGGCCAUGGGGGCCCAGCUCAUAGGGAAGUUCGAGGCGAAAGGCACGGGCCUGCAGUGGCACGACCUCCUGAACCCUGUCAACGUGGAUGACGACUUCUCCUUCGGGCAGGUGCUGGGCAUGCUGCUGCUGGACGCGGUCCUCUACGGCCUGGUGGCCUGGUACGUCGAGGCUGUCUGCCCUGGCCAGUUCGGGGUGCCCCAGCCUUGGUACUUUUUCCUCAUGCCCUCGUACUGGUGCGGGAGCCCAAGGACCGUCUUGGGGAAGGAGGAUGAAGAUGAAGACCCGGAAAAAGCCUGCAGGACGGGCUUCUUUGAGGCCGAGCCCGAGGACCUGGUGGCCGGCAUCAAGAUCAAGCAUUUGUCCAAGGUGUUCCGAGUCGGGAACAAGGGGAAGGCAGCCGUCAGGGACCUGAACCUGAACCUGUACGAGGGGCAGAUCACCGUCCUGCUGGGCCACAACGGUGCCGGGAAGACCACCACCCUGUCCGUGCUCACAGGUCUCUUCCCCCCGAGCAGCGGGCGGGCUUACGUCGGUGGGUACGAGGUUUCACAGGACAUGGCUCGGAUCCGGAGGAGUCUGGGUCUCUGCCCCCAGCACGACGUCUUGUUUGAUGACCUGACGGUGGCUGAGCACCUCUGCUUCUUCGCCCAGCUGAAGGGCCUGUCACUGGCCAAGUCCUGGGCGGAGGUGCGGCACAUGCUGCGUGUCCUGGAGCUGGAGGACAAGCAGGACUCCCUGAGCAGGCUCCUGAGCGGGGGCAUGAGGCGUAAGCUGUCCAUCGGGAUCGCCCUCAUCGCGGGCUCCAAGGUGCUGAUGCUGGACGAGCCCACGUCGGGCAUGGACGCCGUCUCCCGGAGGGCCAUCUGGGACCUGCUCCAGCAGCAGAAGAGUGAGCGCACCAUCCUGCUGACCACCCACUUCAUGGACGAGGCCGACCUGCUGGGGGACCGCAUCGCCAUCAUGGCCAAGGGGGAGCUGCAGUGCUGCGGGUCGCCGCUGUUCCUCAAGCAGAAGUACGGUGCAGGGUACCACAUGACCCUCGUGAAAGAGCCCCACUGUGACCCGGAGGCCAUCUCCCAACUGGUCUGCGACCAUGUCCCCAAUGCCACCCUGGAGAGCAACGCUGGGGCUGAGCUGUCCUUCAUCCUCCCCAAGGAGAGCACACCCAGGUUUGAAAGCCUCUUUGCUAAACUGGAGAAGCAGCAGAAGGAGCUGGGCAUUGCGAGCUUCGGGGCCUCCGUCACCACCAUGGAGGAGGUCUUCCUGCGGGUCGGCAAGCUGGUGGACACAAGCAUGGACAUCCAGGCCAUCCAGCUCCCGGCCCUGCGGUACCAGCAUGAGCGCAGGGCAAGUGACUGGGCAGCUGACAGCAACCUCUGCGGCGUGACGGACCCCAGCGACGGCGACGGGGCCCUCAUUGAAGAGGACUACACCGCCGUCCAGCUCAACACCGGGCUUGCCCUGCACUGCCAGCAGUUCUGGGCCAUGUUCCUGAAGAAGGCCGCCUACAGCUGGCGGGAGUGGAAGGUGCUGGCGGCCCAGGUCCUGGUCCCUCUGACGUGUCUCACCUUAGCCCUCCUGGCCAUCAACUACUCCUCAGAGCUCCUGGACGACCCCAGCCUGGAGCUGACCCUGGGAGCAUACGGCAGGACUGUGGUGCCCUACUCAGCUCCUGGGACGUCCCGGCUGGACCAGCAGCUGUCUGAGCACCUGAGAGAUGUGCUACAGGCUGGGGGCCAGGAGCCCCGUGAGGUGCUGGGUGACCUGGAGGAGUUCCUGAUCUUCAGGGCCUCCGUGGAGGGCGCGGGCUUUAACGAGCGCUGUCUGGUGGCGACAUCCUUCAGAGCCGUGGGUGCACACAUGGUCGUCACCGCCCUGUUCAACAACCAGGCGUACCACUCCCCGGCCACCGCGCUGGCCCUGGUGGACAACCUGCUCUUCCGGCUGCUGUGCGGCCCCCGCGCCUCCAUCUCCGUCUCCAACCACCCGCAGCCCCGGAGCGCCCUGCAGGCCGCCAAGGACCAGUUCAGCGAGGGCCGGAAGGGUUUUGACAUUGCCCUCAAUCUGCUGUUUGCCAUGGCAUUCCUGGCCAGCACCUUCUCCAUCCUGGCAGUCAGUGAGAGGGCCACCCACGCCAAGCACGUCCAGUUCGUCAGCGGCGUCCACGUGGCCACCUUCUGGCUCUCUGCCCUGCUGUGGGACCUCAUCACCUUCCUGGUCCCCAGCCUGCUGCUGCUGGUGGUGUUCAAGGCCUUCGACGUGCACGCGUUCACGCGGGACAGCCACGAGGCCGAUGCCCUGGCACUGCUGAUGCUCUAUGGCUGGGCCGCCAUCCCCCUCAUGUACACGACGAGCUUCCUGUUCUCGGGCCCGGCCACCGCCUACACGCGCCUGACCAUCUUCAACGUCCUCUCGGGCGUCGCCACCUUCCUCGUGGUCACCGUCAUGCGCAUCCCAGCGGUCAAGCUGCAGGAGCUCUCCAGAACCCUGGACCAGGUGUUCCUGGCGCUGCCCAACCACUGCCUGGGCAUGGCCGUCAGCAGCUUCUACGAGAACUAUGAGACCAGGAGGUAUUGCACCUCCUCCGAGGUCGCCGCCCACUACUGCCGCAAGUACCACAUCGAGUACCAGGAGAACUUCUACGCGUGGAGGGCCCCGGGCGUCGGCAGGUUUGUCACUUCCAUGGCCAUCUCGGGCUUCGUGUACCUCACGCUGCUCUUCCUGCUGGAGACCAGCCUGCUGUGGCGGCUGAAGACCUUUCUCUGUGCCCUCCGGGGCCGGGGGACGCCGACAGGGGCACGUGGCUGGGCACCAGCGCUGCCUGAAGACCGGGACGUGAUGGACGAGAGGAGCCGAGUGCUGGCCCAAACGCUGGACCCGCCACCCCGGGACCCGCCGCUGCUCAUCAGGGAGCUCUCCAAGGUGUACGGGCAGCAGACACCCCUCCGAGCUGUGGACAGGCUCUCGCUCGCAGUCCACAAGGGCGAGUGCUUCGGUCUCCUGGGCUUCAACGGGGCCGGCAAGACCACCACCUUCCAGAUGCUGACCGGGGAGGAGACUGUCACCUCGGGGGAUGCCUUUGUCGGGGGACACAGUGUCCGCUCCAGCCUUGGAAAGGUGCGGCAGCGUGUUGGCUACUGCCCGCAGUUUGACGCCCUGCUGGACCACAUGACGGCGCGGGAGACGCUCGUCCUAUACGCCCGGCUCCGGGGCGUCCCCGAGCGCCACAUCGGAGCCUGUGUGGACAACACACUGCGGGGCCUGCUCCUGGAACCACACGCCGACAAGCUGGUCAGGACCUACAGCGGUGGGAACAGGAGGAAGCUAAGUGCUGGCAUCGCCCUAAUCGGAGACCCCGCCGUCAUCUUCCUGGACGAGCCAUCCACUGGCAUGGAUCCCGUGGCCCGGCGUCUGCUCUGGGACACGGUGGCACGGGCCCGCGAGUCCGGCAAGGCCAUCGUCAUCACCUCCCACAGCAUGGAGGAGUGUGAGGCCCUGUGCACGCGGCUGGCCAUCAUGGUGCAGGGCCAGUUCAAGUGCCUGGGCAGCCCACAGCACCUCAAGAGCAAGUUCGGCAGCGGCUACUCCCUGCGGGCCAAGAUCCGGGCCGACGGGCAGAAGGCGGCGCUGGAGGAGUUCAAGGCCUUCGUGGACCUGACCUUCCCAGGCAGCGUCCUGGAGGAUGAGCAUCAGGGCAUGGUCCACUACCACCUGCCGGGCCCGGGGCUCAGCUGGGCGAAGGUGUUCGGCGUUCUGGAGAAGGCCACGGAGAAGCACUGCGUGGACGACUACUCCGUGAGCCAGAUCUCACUGGAGCAGGUCUUCCUGGGCUUUGCCCACCUGCAGCCGCCGGCCGGGGACGAGGGCCGGUGA